UUUUUCAUGGGAAAUGUAGUUCUUGGCUAUUAUUGGUCCAAAACGCGACGCGCGGAACUUUGUGAGGGUGUCCCAUCCUCUAUCAACAACCGGUUCAGGAGUAGCCACGGCAAGUUUUGUCCAUACAUUUUCACUUUUAUUAUCCCUCGCCUAGCAAACAGUGUUAACAGUGUCUAACGUUACAUAUGCACACUAGCUAGUUUCUUCUUCUUUGGUGUUGUGGCCAUGGAAGGGCGGUGUGCUGUUGAGACUUUAGCAGGGUUUGGCUUUUCAGGAACAUCAUGCAUACCGAGGGUCAAGUUAGGUUUUGGGACAGAUGUGUUCCUCUGCACUGGCAGCGACGAGGUCUACGUCUUCAGUACUCAGGAGAGAAAACUCACGGCUGUCCUGCAGUGUCCUGGUCCUGUGAGCGACCUGGUUGAGAGUCACGACAAGCAGUUCCUCUAUGUCGCCUGUAGGAGUGGAGUUUAUUGUGUCAGUUUACAAUUUCUGCUCUCCAGGUAUGAACAUUCAUCGCCCCGGGCUGAUGCAUCCUCCAGUCCAGCUGAGCUGAAAAUCUCCUCCGAGUUUCUCGUUGCUGCAGAAGAAGGAGUGUUAUCGCUGCUCGUCGUCGGCUCCGUGCUCCUGACUCUUUCCCAGAGAGACGUAUUCUGGACGUUGACUCUGUACAAAUCCUCAAACUACGAGAAGCUCAGUUCAUUCAGUCGGGUCUCAGGAGUUGUACACAAUGACGCUGAGGGAAAGAUGGGAAGGAGAAGGAGGCCUGCACUGAUUUGUGUCCUCUCUAGUGAUGCAACACCACCGUGUUCCUCCUCCACUUCUUCAUCAGAGGCGACUUUAAGUGACGGCCACGUCCGCCUCGAGCCGGUCCUCUUCAAACUCCUGUUUGGGAUCGACGUCGCCCUCGCCAAAUCCCCCGUUAUCCUUUGUGGCCUGCCAGACGGGUGCCUGUGUUUCCUCCCUCUGCGUCUCCCAGGAUCGCGUCUCCGAGUCCUGCGCAGCCUUGAGCAGCCAGUCGUAUUUGUUGGAGCAUCUGCACCGGGACAGUGUUUGGUGGCAGUGGGGGAACAAGGGAGAGUGGUGCUGAUCAAAACAGACAAAGAGGGAGGCGGACACAAAACUGUUUUUAUUGAGGGGUGUGUACCGGCGCCUGUGAUGUGUGGCUGUGUGGAUAAAAACACUCUUUACUACAGCACUGGGUCAGACCUGCUGCUCCUGGAUCUAUCAGAGGGGUCAACUGCGAGAGAAGGCCAAGAAAGGGACGAGGAGACGCGCAGCAAGACAGACGCUGCCCUCCAAAGCCCCACCAGUUUAAAUGUGUGUCGAAUCGUCGCCUUGGCCGUGUCCGCAUGUAACACUGCAGUUGAGCUGCUGGGGCUGUGUGUCAGAGGGCAGCUCCAGAGGAUUACCUUACCUGUGGGGAGAGAGGAUGCAACACUGUCCAAGGUGCCUUCCACUCAGGGGGGCCGCAGCGUCAGGGACCUCCUGUCUGCUAUCGGGGACGUCUGUGAGAGAGCAUCAGUGCUGAAAAGUGCCAUCAAAUCCAAAAACCAAAUUCUGCAGCACCUGAAUCAGGUGCUCAACAUCAGCUUCCUGCUGACGGCCAGCACACAUAGUGAAGAGCAGCUUCCCAUCCAGCAGAAGCCGAUCAGAUGUCAUGCCAGGACCGGGUGGAGCAGGUUGCUUCAGGAAGACUCCCUGAACCUGACAUGUGUCCUGGACAACUCGAGUCCUUAUGUUUUGGAACGAGGCUGGACACUGAGCGUCGCUCUGUUUCCUCUGUCCUGUCCUCCCAGUGAAGGAGGGGAAAGCUCCUCCGCACAUUUUUCAUUCCCGUUCCACAAUCUUCACCCAGGGCAGACGUUCGAAGUGUCGCUCCCGCUCGCAGCUGCAGGCGACGCAUCCUUCCCCAUGACGGUGAGCUGCUCGCUCAUCUUCUCCCUCACAAGUCUCCUGGGAGAGGAGGCCGCAGACCUUGCUGGUCUGCAGAGUAGCUGCGUCAGCUUGCCCUUGAACACACUGACAGUGGAUUGGUUGCACGCCCUGCAGGUGAACAGCCCCACAGCCACCCCUGAAAAGGUCACCUCUCAAACCAGCAACCCAACAGAUGCCAUCCAAGAUUUCUUAAUGUCACGUCAGAUUAGGGGCAGUGGAAGAGCAGAAGGAGGAGGAGAGCGUGCUGAUCAGUAUUCAGCAAGCGUACGGGUGUCUGCACAGCUACUGAGGGACACGCUGUUGUUGAAAAGCUCAGAUUUGGACCCUCAGGGGCCAAAGUUGGCUCCGCAAAAUGUGUGCCUUUCUCUGCUGGACUGGCUGUUGUCUGAAGGUGCUGGAGGAGUGACGACGGGACGACAAGGAGACAAGGUCGCACUCUGCAGCUCAGGGAUCCACGCUCGAGGUCCAAACGGACACGCUGUCAAGCUGACUGCUAAAGAGGUAAAUGUAGGGGAGGAGAGCACGGGGAAGGAGGAGUCCCCGACCACAGUGGAGGUUCAGGUUCAGAGCUCCUCUAUAGCAGCGGUGUGUGGACUGCACCAUGCUGUGCUGCGGCGGGUACAGACUCUGCUGCAGAGGGCUCCUGCUUCCACAAAGAGCGUCCAGAGUUUAGGUUUAAGACGAUCACUGCAGCGGGCCGAGCGCCUGCUGCAGGAGAUCCAGCAAAGUCGAAUCUCGGUGGCCUUCGGCAUGGGCGCGUCCACGGGGCAGAUGACCCGCACGCUCCUCAGCGUUUACAGAGAACUCAGAGAAAACCCCCUCCUCAUAAUGUAACAUUUCUCCACGCCCUCGGCCGCGUCCAGUGUUCUGUAACCCGCCUUUGCUUUUGAAUCACUGUAAAUGACUGUAAACGUUUAAUAUUUUA